AUGGGAAAGAAAUUUAAACAAUCAGAAAUAUUCCCAGUAACUCAAUGCUUAUGUGUAUAUGCGACUCAAGAGGAUAUUAAAAAGAAAUUAGCUAUAGAAGCUAAGGUUAAUCCUUCUCAUAUAGAAUAUCCACCUAUUGAUUAUGGUGAAGUUAUAAUUAGGACAUUAGAUGAUAUACAACAUUAUUUUUCAAAUCAAGAUCCAUUCUUACCAAAAACAAUUAAACCAACUAUUGAUAAGGAUGGAUUACUUCUUAACGAUUUUAGGGUUCGUUUCAAUAAAGACAACCUAACAUUUAAAAUUGACACAAAAGAAGGUAUAUAUAAUUUAACAACUGGUAUGAUUAAUCUUAUGAAUGGCUAUGAUGAAGAAGGUUAUAGUUUUAGUGAUUUAAAGUCAUACGUACAAAUUCUUAGAUCGAUUAGAAGAGGUGUAAAAACUUCAAGAUUAAAAAGCAAGGAAAAGAAUUGGAAGGCUUUGAUGACAUCGAUGACAAUAAUUACGAUGAGAACUAUAAUGAUGAUGUCAAUUACAACGAGGAACUACUUUAUUUUAGCAGCCAUGAAAGAAGGUCAUCGAUCAGACAGACAAUAUAAUGAAGUGAAUUGUAUACUAAAAAGAUUCAUAGAGAAGGUAUUAUAG